AUGGCGGACCAGGAUGAAACCGUUGGGCUCCAAAAUUCGACAAGCGGUUCAGAGUCAAAAGAAUUACACUCCGAGAGUAAAGCAGAUAAACCAAAUGGAACUUCGGGCAAAUCUCCAUCCUCCCAGACGACAUAUAUUCAACAGGGAAUGGAGGGGAUAAAGGUGUACCUGCACGAAAGGGAACUGUGGGAGAAGUUUCACGAGGUGGGGACGGAGAUGAUUAUCACCAAAGCAGGAAGAAGAAUGUUUCCCAGCUUCAAAGUGAAGGUCACUGGAUUGAACCCUAAAACUAAAUACAUACUCCUGAUGGAUGUCGUGCCUGCGGAUGACCAUCGCUACAAGUUCGCCGAUAAUAAAUGGUCUGUGACCGGGAAGGCCGAACCUGCCAUGCCCGGGAGGCUCUACGUUCACCCGGACUCUCCUGCGACUGGGGCGCAUUGGAUGAGGCAGCUAGUCUCUUUCCAGAAGCUGAAACUGACGAACAACCACCUGGAUCCUUUUGGACAUAUUAUCCUGAACUCCAUGCAUAAAUACCAACCCAGGAUUCACAUCGUGAAAGCGGAUGAAAAUAACGGCUUUGGCUCCAAGAACACGGCGUUUUGUACCCACGUCUUCCCAGAGACUGCCUUCAUUGCGGUUACGUCCUACCAGAAUCAUAAGAUAACCCAGUUGAAGAUAGAGAAUAACCCAUUUGCAAAAGGCUUCCGUGGGAGUGAUGACAUGGAGCUCCAUCGGAUGUCCAGAAUGCAAAGCACUAAGGAGUACCCGGUGGUCCCUCGCAGUACAGUGCGUCAGAGGGUGGGCACCAGCCAGAGCCCGUUCAGUGGGGAGGUGCAGGGUAUUGCCAACCCCAGUGGCCUGGCCUCCCAGUACACCCAGUGUGAGAAUGGGGCCACCAGCACCUCACAGGAUCUCCUGCCCCAGUCUGGCUCCUACCCUCUCCCACACGAGCACAGCCAGGACUACCACUGCAUCAAGAGAAAAGUGGAGGAUGACUGUCACUCAGGAGAGCACACCUACAAGAAGGCUUACCUGGAGAGUUCCUCCAGCGAGGACGACCAUUACUACCGUCCCGUCAGCUACCCACAGAGCCUGGGCCUGCCCGGGGGGCCCUACAGGUCCGAGUCCAGCCAGAGGCAGGCCUGUAUGUACGCUAGCGCCUCCCAGGGGGCCGAGCCCGUCCCCAGCCUGGAGGACAUCAGCUGCAACACCUGGGCUGGCGUCUCACCCUACGGCAGCUGCUCCGUCACCACCAUGCAGCCAAUGGAGCGGCUGCCCUACCAGCACUUCUCCGCCCACUUCACCUCUGGGCCCCUGGUGUCCAGACUGAGUGGGGUGGCAGGCCACGCCUCUCCGCAGCUGGGUGACGCCCACCACGCCAUGUACCAGGGCCCCAUGGCCCAUCAGACUCUGGGCCGCCAGUGCAGCCCCGGGGCAGGCAUCCAGUCACCCACUGCAGGUCUCCAAGGCAGCGAGUACCUGUACUCACACGGGAUCCCGCGCACGCUGUCGCCUCAUCAGUACCACGCGGUGCACAGCGUCAGCAUCAUGCCAGAGUGGAAUGAGAGCAGCUAA